AUGCAAUCUCGCCACCGGCGUGGCCCGGGGGCAGCGCCUUCACCACCCUCGCCGCGGCCAUACUAUUUUAAAGACGGUUUGCGGCGUGUUCGCCCUUACUUCUACACGUAUAACACGUGGUGCAAAGAACGAUGGCGUGGCCGGCAGCUGGUGGACAUCUUCGAGAGCGAGUUCCGCGACAGGCCGCUCGAGUACUAUCGCGCAGCUAUGGAGUCUGGCCAAGUGGCCGUCAAUGGCAAAACGGUGGGCCCGCAUUACAUUCUAAAGAAUGGCGACCUCGUGUCUCACACGACUCAUCGCCACGAGCCCCCGGUCAGCGCUGAGCCUAUCGGGGUCAUCUAUGAAGACGAGGACAUGGUCGUGAUCAAUAAACCUUCGGGCGUCCCCGUUCACCCUGCUGGGCGCUACAACUACAACUCGGUUGUCGAGAUCAUGAAGGCGGAGAGGGGUCCGAGCUUCUCCCCUCGGCCCUGCAACAGGCUCGACAGACUCACGAGUGGCAUCAUGUUCAUCGCGAAACAUGCCAAGGCAGCGGAGCGGCUAGGCGUCCAAAUAUUCCAGCGCAGUGUCCGUAAGGAGUACGUUGCUCGCGUUAUCGGCAAGUUCCCCGACGGUGAGAUCGUGUGCGACCAGCCCAUUCUGCAGAUCUCCCCAAAGCUCGGACUGAACAGGGUGCGAGCCAACGGCAAAUUCGCCAGGACCGUCUUUAAGCGGCUGGCAUACUAUCCGCGAGCCUCCAGCUUGGACACAAGUCCGCCUUCAGAUAGACCAGCGGGUGAGGCUGGGUCAACGGCAGCCCAAGAAGAGCCUGGAGCAGCCGCUGCCCAACCGACCGGCCAUCGGAAGGCAGACGAGGGGUACUCCAUCGUUCGGUGCUUGCCCGUGACAGGGAGAACGCACCAGAUCCGAGUCCACUUGCAGUUUCUCGGACACCCCAUUCAGAACGACCCGAUAUAUGCCAACCAAAAGGUCUGGGGUAUCGACCUGGGCUGCAACGAUGCUGAGGCCACCCAGAAUAGUGACGAGGACAUCAUCACUCGCCUCUCGCGAAUGGGCAAAGACCAAGUUGCCGAUGCUGUUGCAUAUCACGACGAGAUGGUGGACACAUACUACAAGAAAAAAGCCGAGAAGAUGUCUGGCGAGGUUUGCGCCCUCUGCAACACGCCUCUCUACACGGAUCCAGGGGAGCAAGAGCUUUCCCUGUGGCUCCACAGCCUCCGGUAUGAGGAUGCGGAGGGGGCCUGGAGCUACACGAGCCCUUUGCCCGCCUGGGCUUUGCCGCCAGAAGGGAGCAGUGGCCCCACGGAGGUUGGGGGUACGGAGGAGUUGGUCAGCGCAGCCGAGACCAGCAGUUUGGAAUGA